AUGUUUUACGGCUAUCUCGUAGGAACUGUUGGGAAAUGUCACACAGACCCGUUGCGCUCGGCGUUCGACCAGAGGUUAGGUACGUCACGUCACCGUCGCGACCUUAAUACAAGAAAAGCACAGCGGGACGGGGUGCGAGCGGGGCGUGACCACGACGCUACACGUUGUGUUUUAUGGGUAUGCGAUUUAGGUAGUAGUCAAACAGUUCGGGACGGUAACGUCGCGCCCAACGUGACGCCAGCUUUGUCUCCGACUACAAACAUGUACAUGGAGAGAGUUGAAAAACUAAACGAAAGUGUUGCCUGCGAAGCUUGGAUUUGGAAACACCAGCUCUAUAUCCAGAAUUGA